UUUGCUGACCUAAAAGAACGUAGACAGACUCUGCAUGCAUGCACCAUCAGCGGCAGGACACCAUUUGCAGAUGCCACCGGACCCAGAGGAGACGCCAUGCAGGGAUGUGGAGGAGUAUCUCAGCGACGAAAGUGAGAACGACGAUGUGAUCGACAAUGAUCUUGAGCUCUUGCGUCUUUUACGCAGUCAGAACGUAUCUCUGGAAGAUCUCGUGCCAACCCAGCCCACCAAAUCAGCGCGUGUCUCUAGCCAAGCAGACGACAUCCAUAGCAGCAAGGAUACCAAUAUUUCUCCUGCUACAAGACAUAUUAAAGGACAAUACGUUGCAGGAUAGUGCCCAGCAAAAUGACACCGGUAUCAAUUCUAUGGACUUGAGGACGGAGGACGAUGCCAUCGAUACACCCUACAUCACCACGGAGGAGAGAGCUUCAUUAACGAAAAUGAUUCGAGACCAGGCGGCCAAGGCUCUAACAAUUAAUAGGAAAUAUCAGAAAGCAGCGUUGCAGCAGCUCCAGGAGGUAGAAAAAGCGUAUGCCAGGAACAAGGCGCUCGGGGCUCAACUACAAGCCCUGAACGACAGACAGGAGGCGGUAGAGCGCGCUCCACUCAUUCUUUCCACAACUAAGGCUCGGCUUGGCCCCCCGUAUUUCGUGGAUAGAGAUGGCAAGACACCUCCUGAUAAUGAAGACACAAUCAGGCGAAAGAAGCGCCCUCUGAUUGUCACCGGAAAGAUGAGGAGGUGGACGGAUCAAGAACGGGAGAGCCUCAAGGCUGGCGUCAUAUCUGAGAACAAGCGGAUUCUUUUCAAUGAGUUCACGAAAGCUGGUAACGAGGCUGGCAUUCGGUCUCUGCAAACGGCUGCGGAUAUUCAAAUGAUGCUCAACACGCAGGGACUGAACUGGUCUCGGAUCUCUCAACGAUUUGUCGAUACACGGACAGCCUCAGAGUGCCUCAUUCAGUGGGCAGGAAACGACCAUCCUGGUAUUAACAAGGCAGAAUGGUCGAGCGAUGAGUUUGCAAAGCUGGAGGAUCUAGUCAAGAAACACCAAGGGCACAAUUGGGUCCAGAUCGCGCUAGAUCUUCGCACGGACCGGACAGGCGCGCAGUGCUUCAGGCAGUAUCAAACCAAAAAGAUGACGAAGCAAAUAUCCAAAGAGCCCUGGACUGAGGAGGAGGAUGGGGUCUUAAAGGAGGCAGUGGAAAUGUUGGGCGAGAGGAGCUGGCAGCAAGUCUCUUAUUGUUUUGAUAACCGAUCGCCCGCUCAGUGCAUGGAGCGCUGGAAAAAGAGCUUGAACCCGUCGAUUCGCCGUGGUCGCUGGCUGGAGGAGGAGGAUGGGGCCCUUAGAGCUGCACUGAAGGUGUAUGGUGAAGGACGCUGGACCAAGGUUGCGCAGCAUGUUCUUGGAAGGACAGAUAUUCAAUGUCGAGAACGAUAUUUGAACGUGCUUUCACCAAAUCUCAAAAUGGGGCCCUGGACAGCCGAAGAAACUGAACUCCUGGCGAACCUUGUCAAGGAACAUGGAGACAAGAAGUGGGCCUUAAUAUCAUCUCACAUAGAGGGUCGAACCGACAAUCACUGCUCAGCGCCUCACUUCAAUAAAGCAUUUUCCUGCGUGCGAAUCCAUUCUUGCUCAGGAUUGAAAGUGAAGCAGAAAGCCAGUGUUUGCCGGGUCGUUCCCAAGCGUUGCUAUGGUUCCAUACUUUUUAAACAUGCUGUCUUCGUAACGGGCUGUCGUCGUCGUUGGUCAGAAGUGUAAAUGGUGCACAUUAGUAGAUAGUUGCAGUUGGCCUGAAAAAGUCUAGGCUUCACAUGAAGAAACAAAAAUGCGUUCAGAAUUGGUCAAGGUCGUCCCUGAUCUGGCUAUAAGGAGCCUCUUUCCGCUGAGUUGAGUACACCAAGUGAUACAGCACAGCCGGAACAUUCCUGUAAAAUGCUGCUUUCGGCACCUGAUUGCCCAUGCCGGUUUACUAUAGCCUCAGCCCUCCACCUGCCACAUAUAUUAAUUAGUAAACUUUAGGCACCACUUCACUGUUUGUAACGGCCUCAAAGAGUGGC